CCAUCCACAGACUGUACCGAUCACCGGAGACAUUAACAGGAAAACCACCUCAGAUAGACCACUAUUUCCACAGUAGCACCUAAACAGCCGUUCACAGGUAAACAGCAGGGAAACCUGGGAUAUCUCCAGGAUGGAGUCCUCCUCCAGGAGUCUUCUCUGGUCUGCAGCACUCAUCCUCACACUGUGGUGCUGUUGUAAUGCUCAGCGCCUGGACUCCAUUUCUCCACGCACUGGGAGCAGAAAUGGAGGAACAGAACUUACCCUUUUGGGGGAAGGUUUUGCCCAGGAAUCGCAGUUUCAGCUGAAUCCAGACCCUGACACUGGUAAUGCUGUGAUUCUGGUGUCAGACACUCUGUCUGUCCCCUGUGACGUGGAGAGAGAUUCAACACACGGCACCAUGAUCACAUGUUACACCAGACCAAUGCCGGAUGGACAAUACGUGGCCCAUGUCAUCGUGGACGGAGUUCCCAUUCCCGAUAGCAAAAUCUGCAGAGGCAGUUACAAACCGUACCACUGCAGCAUUUAUGUUGCCUGGUAUCGCACACCUACUAUAUACUCUGUGACUCCAGUCAGCACCCUUCCAGGGAGCGUUUUGACUAUACGUGGCCGGAUAUUUACUGAUGUGUACGGGAGCAACACUGCAAAGAGUUCAAAUGGUGUCAAUGCCAGAUUUCUGAGAGCCUACGUGACAGGAAUGCCGUGUGAGCUGCUUAAACCCGACUCAGAUGACCUAUACCUUCUGAAACUGGACAGUGAACAGUCUUGGUGGGGAUACAUGAGCUGCAGGAUGACGGGAAGUUACGUUGGGCAUCACAACAUGAGUUACAUUUUGGAUAGUCACUAUGGAAGGAGUUUGCCCGAAAAGUCGGUAUACAGGAUCAUGUCUUUGGGGAAGCUCGGCAUGUUGCAGACUUACGCAGAUGUGAAAGGAGUCACACCAUCCUCCGGCAGCGUCAUGGGCGGAACCUUCAUAACCAUCCACGGUCGCUUCUUUGAUGAAACCGAUCACCCUGCUCGUGUUCUGGUCGGAGGCCUGCCUUGUGAAGACAUCAGCGUAUCUGACGACAUGAUUACAUGCAUGACUCCUGAGCAACCGAUGAACGAUACCAGGACAAUCUACCCAUAUAGCAGAGGUCUGCUGAUGGAGGUGUGGAAUAACACCAGAGUCAACCAACUGACCGACAUAUGGAACUACAAUGAGAACAGCACUGGAUACUGGACGCAGUGGGUGGACUCCAUGCCUGUUCUAUUUCCUAAUGAACUCGACACUUUUGUUACACGAACCACUGGUUUGUUUGUUCCUCCAUCCACCGGAAACUUCAUUAUGUACCUGAACUGUGAUGACCGAUGUGAAGUCUAUCUGAGCAACUCCAGCCUUCCAGAACAUAAGGUUAAAAUUGCCUAUCAGCGAUAUUAUGUGAGAGACUUCAAACAGUUGGCUUCACAAAAGUCAGACGUACUGAAUCUGGAGAAAGGAAAACAUUACUACAUUGAAAUCCUGCAACAAGAAUAUGGUGGUGCAGCAAAGGUAAACCUUGCCUUGUUCACCGAGGAGAGUCGUUUUACAGAAGACCAGACAGACGAUGCCGUCAAUGAGGUUCAGGAUAUCGUGGCUAACUAUGACGUGUUUGAUGAAGAACAGGUGAUAACCUUUAAUUGGUGGCCCAGCAGUGUCACCCCAGUUAAAGAGGUCCAGAAGGUGAGCGUCAAAAGCAGCUGUGCCAGUCAUCUGUGUGGGAGCACCUUCUUCACACUGGGCUACGGUCCUGCAACAACUGUGCCAAUACCUGUAACAGCUUCAGCGGCUCAGGUAGAAGCAGCCGUGGACGAUCUUUGGUCAAUCAAACCCGAUACAGUCCAAGUCACCAAACAGGAAGAUGAUGACGGAACUCACUUCACAAUCACGUUUGAUUCAGAGAGAGGUGAUUUUGAUUCUCUGGAUUAUGACGUCCUUGGUUUCGACACUAAUAUCACGGUUGAUGAGGUUACCAAAGGAAAAAGCAACUUGGAGACCUUUACUCUGCUGAUGGACGGAAUCCCUACAGAGCCUCUACCCUUCAAUGCAACUGAAUCACAGGUACAUUCAGCUCUGGAGGACUUGAUGGAAGCAGACUGUCCUGAUGAGAUUUUGAUCAGUGAAGGCCCCGAUGUGAAGUUUUUCAAAGACUAUGAAGAUGACUACAACUAUCAGGUCAGUGGAGAGAAUUACUUACUGUUUUUUCGAGAAUGA